GAACAGUAUAUAUCAAUGCCUGCCUAAGUAGAUUGCCGCCUCAGAAAAAAAAACCCUCUGUGUAAAACUUAACCUCUCCAUUCAUCUUCGACCGAUCGGGUGGUCUCAAGCCGAUCGAAACCACCAAACUGCUUGACAAAUCGCGCUGCUCAAGCCCAACACUUUAUCUUCCACCAUGGCGGCGCAAGGUUCCGAGACCAUCAAUCUUGAGAUGUUAGAUGUCCAGCAGCUCAGUCAGGUCAAGAAGCAGCUGGAGGAGGAGCUAGAGCACUUGACGAACUCCUUUGCGCAGCUGCACAGCGCCCAGGCCAAGUUCAGAGAAUGCGUUCGCUGUAUCAAGUCGCGCCCUGGUUCCGAUAUUGGCGAAAAGUCGGUCCUGGUUCCCUUGACUAACUCCCUCUAUGUGCGCGGGGAGAUAUCGGACCCAAAACACGUCAUCGUCGACGUCGGCACCGGAUUCUAUGUUGAAAAGGAUACAGAGUCAGCUGAGCGGUUCUACAAGGCAAAGGUACAGCAGCUUUUGAACAGUACCCAAGACCUUGAAAGUAUUAUUCAACGCAAGAGUUUAAAUAUACAAAGCGUUGAGGAUAUACUAAGACAAAAAGUACUACAAGGUUAAACUAGAUAAAAUAGAAAGGUAUAUAAAUAGUAAGAGUAUCUGGUAUUAUAGUGUUACGUUAGGUAAUAUAGACCUCUUAAUAGCUAUUCUAGAUCUAAUAGGACAAGUAGGCUAUAGAAGCUACUAACCUAGAAGGGCAGUAGUAAUAUAUAGAGACAUAGACAGUAAAAGCAUAAAAAUAAAGUAAAUAAAGUAAAGAGGAAU